UCGUUAACUAGUCAUUACAUUGCGUACAUGCGGUGUGCAUGGUGCGGAUGAGUACCACAAUAAACGGAGAGCAACGAAGAAACCAUCGGAACACCUAGCAGGCGGUGCCCGUGUAAACAUCACUUAUUUCAAUUGCAAUCGUCGUUCAUCCAGUUCGGGUGCCAAGAUUCGGCCAACUUUUCUCGUUAACCUCCGGUGACUUGCGAGUAACGGAUCGGCAGCAAUUAGUCCGUACAAAAUGACAAACAUCACCGAGGAAAGACCGAACGUGCAUGUGUAGGAUUUGGGAAUAGAAAUCCCUUGCGUUUCAAGUCUCCUAAGUAAUUAAGCCUCGGUUUGUGUGCCAGGAAGCCGAGCCGAGCGGAAAGCGGAUUUUCUCGAUGAAAACACUGGCAAACGAGUGAAAUCCGUCUCGCCAUCACGGCGAAUCAACGAUUCUCUUUCUUUCUCCGGCUGCUGCUGCCUCUUCUUUCAAACCUCUACAUUCCACUUUUCUCACCGUUUGAGAACCAGCACCCGGUUACUGUGGCGGAACCACCAUGGAGCUCCUCGUAGGAUUGCUGUUCCUUUCAUCGGUCAAUAUCCGGCACGGACACGCGCUACGCCGUACCCUGGUACUGCCGGAGACGGAGUACGAGCGGAUCACGCUGGACCAUUCUUCAGCAUCAUCGAACCGGAACGCGUUGGAGUCAGCUGGUGGCGUGGAUCCAGCUGCGCUCGAUUCUGCCGAUUUCCGCUGCGAGGAUGGGUACUUCCGGUGCAACGGUACACUCCAGUGCAUCGAGCAGAGCAAAAACUGCAACGGAUUCCCGGACUGUGACGAUGGUUCCGACGAGCUCGAGUGCGACGAUGACGUGGGAAGGAACUAUUAUGAUCAUUACUUUCGUAAACGGCCGGCCGCCAUCAACGAUCAGUUGCCGUACACGCCUUGUGCCUGGAACGAUGCCAACAACACUUGCAAAUGCCGCGGAACGGAUGUGCUGUGCGAGAACAAGGGACUCACCGCGCUGCCCCCGUCGCUGUCGGCCGAGAACGUUACCCUGCUUGAUUUGACUGGAAAUGUGUUUCUCGAGCUGCAUAUGAAUAUGUUCCAGCGCUUCCAGAAGCUCAGCACACUGGUGCUGAGGCACUGUUCAAUCGAGCGGAUAGAACCGGCCACCGCUGCCAACAGUAUCGAUGCGCUCCACCUGGACCAGAACGGGCUGACGGUGUUGCCGGAUGUCCUCUUCCCUGCCGGUACCGUGCUGCGGAUACUCGUGCUGAGCGGUAACCGUAUUAACCGAUUGAGGGCGAGCAAUUUUUUAAAUCUGGAUUUCCUCGAGGAACUCGAUUUAAAGGACAACCUGAUUGAUUCCCUGACGGAGGAUGUGCUGCAGCCGCUCACCAACCUUAGGAUACUAUAUCUGAAUAACAAUCGACUGCGUCGGGUGCACCAGGGCAUGAUACCGCAGCUACUAACACUCCAGACACUCUCGCUGGCUAAAAACCAAAUUGACACCGUCGAAGUGUGCGCCCUGCAUCUACCAUCGCUGGAACAUCUCUACCUGUCCGAGAACCAGCUCACCGUGAUCCGGAACGACACGUUCGGCAACCUCACGAAUUUAGUAGGAUUAUUUUUAAAUAGCAAUAAAAUUACACACUUUGAGCUGGACGCAUUCGGUGGUAUUAGCAAGCUGGCGACACUAAAUUUGCAAGGAAACAGGUUCAUUCGCAUCGACCGACGUGUGCUGGAUAAUCUAACGAACCUGCACUACAUUCAUUUCUCCGAAUUCCAUCACUGCAAGGCGGCCAUGCACGUACGCGUGUGUGAACCCAAGGGGGACGGCAUCAGUAGCAACCGGCAUCUGCUCGACAAUCCGGUACUCCGGGCAAGUGUCUGGGUAAUGGCCGCGGUUGGCAUCAUCGGUAAUCUGAUGGUUCUGUUUGGCCGGUACGUGGUUGGAUCGCGCAGUAGCCAGGCACACCUCGAGCAUUCACUCUACCUUCGGCACCUAGCGGCGAGCGAUCUGCUGAUGGGCGUCUACCUGGCGAUCAUAGCAACCGCUGACAUCAUCUUCAGGGGUGAGUAUCUGACGCACGAGGAAGAAUGGCGUUACGGGACGGUUUGUGCGCUCAGCGGUUUCCUGAACACGCUCAGCUGCCAGUCCUCGACGUUGCUGCUGACGCUCGUCACCUGGGACCGGUUGGUGUCCGUUACGCGGCCACUGUACCAACGGCCAAGCAGCAAAACGCGCGUCAUUCUGCGGUUGGUGGUGUUGUGGGGUGUGGCGACGGCCGCCGCCGUUGCACCGCUCUCCGCCACCGAGUACUUUGGGCCACACUUUUACGGCAGCAAUGGCGUCUGUCUGUCCAUCCACAUCCACGAUCCGUACGCGAUGGGCUGGGAGUACUCGGCCGGGCUGUUCAUCCUGGUCAACACGUUCUCGCUGCUGUUCAUCGGCAUCUCCUACCUGCGGAUGCUGCAGGCGAUCCGCGUGUCACGGAACGAAACACGCAACACGCUCAACUGCCGGGAGAAGGUGGUCGCGAGGCGGUUCGCCAUCAUCGUGGCAACCGAUUGCGUGUGCUGGAUGCCGGUGAUUGUCGUCAAAUUAGUCGCACUGGGAGGAUAUGAAAUAUCUCCUUCGCUGUAUGCCUGGCUUGCGGUACUGGUGCUCCCCGUCAAUUCUGCCCUUAACCCGGUGCUUUACACGCUAACAACGGCACAAUUUAAGCAACAGCUGGCACGCUUUUGCUACACACUACCAUGCGGAACGCAUCCCGAGCUAAACGGAUACGAUUCGGCGAUCGAUUCAAGAAACAGCAUGGCCCAGUUCACACACAAUGGCAGCAAAAGGAUUAUGCAGCGAAAGGAACGCUUAUCGACCAACACCAAGGUGUACGAGUUCAAAUAGCAAACGUACAACGGAGGAUCCGUGGACGAUGCCGAUGGUGGCGGUGGCCGUACCACCGUCGGUAGCUUCCGGGUCCGACAUCGACCCUUCA